GUCAACAAUAAGUCUCCCCCAGAAUCCAAAGCUGACUCCCAUUGCUUUGUACCCAGCAAGAAAUUUCAGGGAACCAUCGUUUCACAAAUAAAAGCCAUCAUCAUCACCAUCGUUCCAGCUAAUUUGCAUAAGCACGGUACAUUUUUAAACAGAGUUGCUUCGGAAGCAUUGAAAGAGAGACUUCAGCUGGGAGUGGCUAUGGAAUUCAUCCCGGAGAUUGCCAGGAUUGCAUGGACUCAAUACAUCAACUCUAGAAGCCUCGAAGAUAAUCUUGAUCUUCUGAGAACCGAAAUGCAGGAGUUGGGUAGCCGACAGACCGAUGUAAUUAUUUCACUCAACACGGCUAAGGUAGUGGAUGGAAAGAAGCCAAAGGCAGAGGUGAGUUUAUGGCUGGAAAAUGUGGAAAAGAUUACUAGCCAAAUGACUAAGAUAGAAGAGGAUUGUAAAGAAGUAGGGAGAGAUUUCUUACGCUCACGUGUAGCAUUGGGAAAUCUUGUCAUAAAGAAGAUUGAAGAGGUGGUGAAGUUUAAGGAGAAAUGUCGAUUUUCAGAAGGGUUACUUGCUGAUCUAUUACCUGAAAUGGAAUUUAUGCCGACGAUGAAGCUGGUAGGUAGAGUGACAGCCGAAAGAAAUUUUGAACAGAUUUGGGAUUCAUUAAUUAAUCAUAAGGCCAGAAUUAUUGGUGUCUAUGGUAUGGGGGGCGUGGGCAAGACGACCAUCAUGACCCACAUCUACAAUAGAAUAAAGAGCUCUAGAAUAUUUGGCAUUGCUAUUUGGGUGACGGUUUCUAAUGAUUUUACUAUUGAGAGACUGCAAAGUAGUAUUGCAGAAGCAAUAAGAUUAGAUCUUUCCAAUGAACACGAUGAAAUGAGAAGGUCCAUGAAAUUGUCUAAGGCUUUGAAGCAUAGGGAGAAGCUCGUUGUCAUCUUUGAUGAUGUGUGGAAGUCAUUUCCGUUGGAAAGGGUAGGGAUUACCGAGGACAAUGCAUGCAAAAUAGUAUUGACUACUCGAUCAAAAAAUGUGUGCCGAGGCAUGAACUGCCAAAAAAUGUUUGAAGUGGAGGUUCUCUCGACAGAAGAAGCAUGGGAAUUGUUCAAAGAAAGGCUUGGGGUUAAUGCGGUGCUUUCUUCUGAGGUAGAACAAAUUGCGAAGCUUGUCACUAAAGAAUGUGCUGGUUUGCCACUUGGAAUUAUCACAGUAGCAAGUGCAAUGAGAGAAAAGAAUGACAUUAGAGAAUGGAGAAAUGCAUUAGAGGAAUUAAAAUGCUCGACGAUGGAGAUCGAAGGCAUGGAUGAUAAAGUUUUUCAAAUUUUGAAAUUUAGUUACGAUCGAUUAAAAUAUGAGAAGAUUCAAUCUUGUUUCUUGUAUUGUGCUUUGUUUCCAGAGGACUACGAAAUUGGGGAUGAAGAGCUGGUAAAUUAUUGGAUGGCAGAGGGAUUGAUAGAUAUGGGAGACUGGGAAACGGAAGUCGACAAAGGCCACACAAUAUUAAAUGGACUAAUAGAUGUUUGUAUGUUGGUAAGGAGGUCUCCUUCUAGUGUAAUAAUGCAUGAUUUAAUAAGAGAUUUGGCCAUCGGCAUUACAAGGAAGAGCCCUCGGUUUGUGGGCAAGGCUGGGAUCCGAAUAAGGGGAUCAAUUGGUAUAGAAGAAUUUCCUGAAGAUGGUGACAAAAUAUCAUUUAUGAGAAAUCAAAUUGAAAUGCUUUCAGGCGAACCAAACUGUCCAAAACUCUCCACAUUGUUGUUGAGCAGGAACCCUCUCUCAGGCAACAUUUCUCAUGAGUUCUUCAAUCGCAUGAACAGCCUCAGAGUUCUCGACCUCUCUGACACUCAGAUUAAGUAUUUGCCAGAAUCAGUUUCAAACUUGGAGAACCUGCAUACACUCUUACUACAGGGUUGUAAGAUGUUAAGGGAGGUACCGUCCUUAGCGAAGCUCAAGCGUCUAAGAAUUUUGAACCUCUCUGAAACUCAGAUUGAGUAUUUGCCAGCAUCAGUUUCAAACUUGGAGAACCUGCAUACACUCUUACUACAGGGUUGUAAGAUGUUAAGGGAGGUACCGUCCUUAGCGAAGCUCAAGCGUCUAAGAAUUUUGAACCUCUCUGAAACUCAGAUUGAGUAUUUGCCAGCAUCAGUUUCAAACUUGGAGAACCUGCAUGCACUCUUACUACGGGGUUGUAAGAUGUUAAGGGAGCAGGUACCGUCCUUUGCAAAGCUCAAGCGUCUAAGAAUUUUGAACCUCUCUGAAACUCAGAUUGAGUAUUUGCCAGCAUCAGUUUCAAACUUGGAGAACCUGCAUGCACUCGUACUACGGGGUUGUAAGAUGUUAAGGGAGGUACCGUCCUUAGCAAAGCUCGAGCGUCUAAGAAUUUUGAACCUCACUCAUAGUGACAUCAGAGAAGUGCCAGAUGGUAUGGAAUGUUUGGUUAACCUUAAAGAGCUUUAUGUUUCGUCUGCUUUUGAGGGAACUGUUAUUGGUCGUAAUUCAUUAGUGCUUCCUGAUAGUAUUGUCGAGUUGAAGAUGCAUGAUUGCGAUCUGUCAAGCUUACCCUGCCUCUCUCACUUGCAACGCUUACAGACAUGUGAUAUCGAAAACAGUAGCAUGGAGUGGUUGUUGCCAAUAAGAGACGACAGCACCAUAACGUCGUUACCCUCAAUACGGGAACUGUCUCUAAGAUACCUUCCGAAUUUGAGGGGUCUGUGUGAGGGAGUCUUGCUACCUGGCUCAUUCGCAUGCCUCACACACAUGAUUGUCUUCGGAUGCCAAGUAUUGGAGAAUCUCAUGUCACUUGAAUUGUUUCAGCACCUCCAAUGCCUUGAGCAAAUCGAGAUUACAGAAUGCAGUGAGAUGGAGGAGGUCAUGAUAAAAGGAGGAGAAGAAGCUAUGGUUGAAGGAGGAGGUUAUAACAGCAUCAAUAACAAUCCCAUCGUACUCCCAAAGUUGAGGGAUUUUCACUUGGCUGAUUUAUGGAAAUUGAAAAGCAUUUGUAAGCAGGUAAUCAUUUGCCCUUCCCUGAAUAGGAUUGUUAUAGCAGGUUGUCCUCGGCUGAAGAAGAUCCCUCUUUCCUUGGGCAACUCAACAUCUAUUGACGAUGGACAGAUAGAAGGAAGCAAAGAAUGGUGGGAUGCAUUGGAGUGGGAUGAUCCCAACACCAAAACACUCCUCCAACCCCUUUUUAAAGAAAAAGAAGAAGACGAAGAAGACGAAGAAGAAGAAGACCAAGAAGAUGAAGAAGAAGACGACGAAGAAGACGAAGAAGAUGGAGAACGAGAAGGACGUGGAAUGAAAAGAAGAGCACAAGAAGAAUCAGAAGAGGUUGCUUCGACGUCACGGCAGCGGUUGUCUCCUCAAAAUUAGGAUGGACUUUGGAUUUUUAUUUUUUUAUUUUUUUUUGUAAACUUGGUAUUUUAAAUUUCAAACAAGUAUGGUUGAGAGAUGUAUUGUUAGUAAGAAUGGUUUGUGUUCUUCUUC